AUGGGAAAAAGAUGGAUUCGAAACCUACAGAUAAGUCUUCAUGACUUUUAUUUUAUUUCUACUUGUCAACCAUCAAUGUUAGAAAUUUUCAAUCAAUUCAGCGACGUUUUUCAACCAAAAGUUGGUGAAAUUCCAAACUAUCAAUGCUCUUUAUCUCUUCGAGCUAAUGCACAACUAAUUUUUAUAAAGCCUCGCCGAGUUCCUUACGCUCUGCAAGAGAAAGUUGAACAGGAGUUAGAUGACUUAGAAAAUCAAUGUAUUAUUAAGAAAAGUGAUCACUUCGAGUGGGGAACACCUUUUGUUAUUGUGCCGAAGAAGAAUGGUGACAUUAGACUGUGUGCUGAUUACAAAGUAACUAUCAACAAUCAACUUCAAGAUAAUCAAUUCAGAGUAGAAGAUAUUUUCAAUAAAAUGAAAAAUGGUACCUAUUUAGCUAAACAACUCUUCUUUGGUAUCAAAACGGCUCCAAAUGAAUUUCAUAAAGUCGUCGAUCAAAUUGUUCACGAUUUAGAAGGUACCACAGCGUAUUUUGAUAUAAUGGUUCAAGGUUCUUCUAUUGAAGAAUGUAAAUUUCGUUUAAUUAAAGUUCUUGAACGAUUACGUAAUGUCAAUUUUUCAAGAAGAGAAUUCAAUAUUUGGGUCAUGUAA